AUGUCGCUGCAAGCAGCGUUUGAGAUAUUAGAUAUUGCUUCAUACUUGCUUAUUGACCCAAUUUUGCCAGUAAUUUCGGAUUUAAUUUUAAAAAAAAUUAAUGCUAAAUCAUUGGUUCUUGCAUUUCAUAAAGCCGAAUAUCGAUAUGUGCCAUUAGCCCAACGAUUGUGGAAAAUAAUUGUUCAAGAAUUCGACAAAUUAAUUAUGAAUGAUACAUUUGUUAGAUUGACUGAAGAUGAAAUAUUAAAACUUCUCACCGAUAAAUAUUUAAAUAUAAAACGUUGUGAUGAAACAGCUAUGGUACGAAGAUGGCUUUCCGAGAAUGCUAACAAUGGAAACAAUGGUAGACGAUUAAAAGCAAUGUUAGCUGAUAAAUGUGAUCGACUUGGUUUCAUGGAAAAUGAAACAAGAAUACCAAAUUCAAUACUGUUAGCAACUGGUGGCUGGUCAGCUAUUGGACCAACAAUGCUUGUAGAAUCACUCGAUGUGAGAUCAAAACGAUGGGUUAGAUCUGAAAUAAAACUAUUUGAGAUAUCUCGAGCUUAUCAUGCAGUUAUCAAUAUGGGCGAUGCAUUAUUCACCAUUGGCGGCUUCGAUGGCAACGAAUACUACCGAUCAACAAGGAAAUUUGAUUUGGCAACCAUGCAAUGUGUCGAAGUGGCACCAAUGUAUGAUCAACGAUGUUAUGUUUCAUGCGCUCAAUUGGAUUCUGAAAGACUGAUUGCAUUAGGAGGAUAUAAUAAUCGCGAAAGGCUAAAAUCGGCAGAAAUUUUCCAUAUUCCAACAAAUCAAUGGCAUCGAAUCGCUGACAUGGAUAAAAGAAGAGUUUAUGCUAUAGGCGGUUUUGACGGAAUUAAUUGUCAUUCAACAGUUGAAUUUUACAAUGAAGAAAGUAAUCACUGGAUUGAUAUCAAUAUUAUGCGUUGUCCGCGAUCUGGUGUAGGGGCAACAUCGUUAGUUGGUGCAAUAAUAGUUUGUGGUGGAUUUGAUGGACGUAAUAGAUUGAGAUCAUGCGAAUUCAUUGAUCCUAGAGAGGGAAAUUGGCACCGAAUACGAUCAAUGAAUAGACCAAGAUCAAAUUUUGGAAUUGAAACAUUAAAUAAUGAAAUAGUAGUUGUGGGUGGUUAUUCGGGAAUUAUUGGAACAAUUAAUGAAGCAGAAUCACUCGAUAUUCGUACAAAUACAUGGAUGCAACUACCAUCGAUGAAUAUUCGAAGAUCAGCGCUCUAUUUAACGCGAAUUGAUUAUCAUGAAAUCAUCGAAAAGUUUAUUCGACCUAAAAACGGUAUUGUAUGA